UCAAAUCGCGGCGCAUUGUGGGGCGGAGGCGGCCUUUUCUGUGUCCGUCCGAGGCUGUCGGGAAAUCUGCAACUAAAUAACGGAGGGAGGAACGCAGGCUGCGAAAACAUAUCCAGGACUCUUUUACAUUGUUUGCGCAGUUUUUAAAAAAAAACACAACUGUGAUAUUGGAGGAAAAUGGGGCAGGAAGACCUUAUGAACAAAGCCGAAGACGUGGCAGACCAGUUUCUGCGGGUGACCAAACAGUACCUGCCCCACCUGGCACGCCUGUGUCUCAUCAGCACGUUCCUCGAAGACGGGAUCCGCAUGUGGUUCCAGUGGAAUGAGCAGAGAGACUACAUCGAGGCCACCUGGAAUUGUGGCUACUUCCUGGCUACAUGCUUUGUGCUGCUUAACCUCCUCGGACAGCUCGGUGGUUGUGUCCUCAUUCUCAGUAGAAAUUUUGUACAGUACGCCUGCUUUGGGUUAUUUGGCAUCAUAGCAUUACAGACUGUUGCAUACAGCAUUUUAUGGGACCUCAAGUUUUUGAUGAGAAACCUGGCCCUCGGAGGUGGUCUGCUCCUGCUGCUGGCGGAGUCUCGUUCGGAGGGAAAGAGCAUGUUUGCUGGUGUCCCCUCUAUGGGAGAGAGUUCGCCGAAGCAGUACAUGCAGCUUGGCGGCCGAGUGCUGCUGGUGCUCAUGUUCAUGACUCUGCUGCACUUUGAUUCCAGCUUCUUCUCUAUCCUGCAGAACAUGGUGGGGACUGCUUUAAUUAUUCUGGUGGCCAUCGGCUUCAAAACCAAACUGGCAGCCCUGACCCUCGUCGUGUGGCUCUUUGCCAUCAACGUGUACUUCAACGCUUUCUGGACCAUCCCCGCCUACAAGCCCAUGCACGACUUCCUCAAGUAUGACUUCUUCCAGACCACCUCGGUCAUCGGUGGCCUGCUGCUGGUGGUGGCGCUCGGCCCCGGCGGAGUAUCGAUGGAUGAGAAGAAGAAAGAGUGGUAGGUAAAGCGAGAGAAUCACGCAGCGCAUCUGACGCCCCUCCACCACAGGACACAGAGACCUUCCCUCUCUGGCCGUUCUGCCCACAGGAUACACACCUUGUUGUGGGGGAAACACCUCAACCAUCAGUGGACAAUUGUUCUUCUAUCUUUUUUUUUUUUUUUCGAAACCCUAGCCUUCAAUGUGUGUAAGAAUAAAAAUGCCUGUUGUUUUUUUUUUUUUAAGUGCAGCAAAAGAAACGAUUAAAUGAUUGGUUGUUCUAUGUUUAGAAGAAUAAAAACAAUUCAUUGUAUUUUGCAGGUGUUAUGUCAUAAAUGAUCAUAAAUCAACACUGAUAUUUUCUAAAUAAACGGGCAGAUUAAAUGGGUCCAGCCGUUUGGUUACCCCAUCGAUGCCAGGUCUUGUUUCUUGUCAAAUUUAACUAUUGCAGUUUGAAGUGUGAGAGACUCUGCAUCAAGGCUUGACUCGCCAUGUCUCCCCCGUUUUUUAUAUAUUUUUUUAUUUUAUCCAAUUUCCAGCACUACAGUUUCUUUUACGUUGUACACAUUCAGCCUCGUCUCACUGCCAGCUGUUUGUGUGGAAAAGGCAAAGUGUACAUUAUAUGCAGACAUCUGUUGAAAAACGUCAGCACGGCUAUGAACUCAGCGGGGACUUUCUACCGUGCGUCAUUGACAAAUGCAUCACUAGUGAACUGUGUAUGAUUUCUAAGGUUAAUUAUAAGGACGGGGAGGGCGGCUGGACGUUUGUGAAACCUCAUAUUCUGAGAUGUAGAACAGCAAAGAAGACUGAGCUCGGUCACUUGCCAUGCAGACCCUGUCUUUGCUCAGUGUUUCUUACCCUGUGAGAAAAUUUAAAAAAGUUUUGAGUGUUUUGAUUUUAAGAAAUUUAUAUUGUAUUUUUGAUGGUUUUUAUUUUUAUUUUGGAAGCUCAUGGCAAAAAAAAUAAAUAUUCAGAAAUACAAA